CUUUUGCGCUCACUUCACUUGCAUCUACAUCAUCACCCUCGGAACGCGGUAGAAAGUCGAUUCGGCGUCGACGCAUCAUGUCGGGUGACGGCGAGGAGCUGCCCGACGAGCUCUACGCUCUCCAAGAUGACGAGAUUGCCGCGCUGUCGUCUAUCUACCCCGGCCUUGUGAACAUUGACAGCGUCGACUCCAGCACAGGAAGCCACACCGUCACGUUAUCUAUCCCCGUCGACCUUCCUGCGGCGACGCCUACGGUCCUGACAUCGGCUGUAUCCAACCCGGCCUCGACGAGCACCGCCGCGAGCCUGGAGCUCGCGCACCUGCCCGCGUUAUCAGCCCGCGUCGUCUUACCGCCAGGAUACCCCUCCACCAAGCCCCCACGUGUCGUCUCCCUCCGGGCUAAGAUCCCAAAGCACGACGGACCUGGCGGCUGGCUCAGCAAUCGCAUGCUGAGCAAGGUCCAGGAACGGUUAGCGGCCAUAUGGACCAGUGAGCGCGACGCAGCUGGAGAGGGACUUGGGGUUCUGUGGACGUGGUUUGACUGGGUCACGUCCUCCGAGUUUCUCACCGACUUGGGCCUCUUGAGCAGCGGCUUGUUAAGUUUACCCACACCACCGACAUUGACCACGUCCACAUACCAUCUCCUGCUCAAGAGCAACGAUGCGGCAACCUCACGGGUCGACUUCGAGGGUGCUGCCCACCCAUGCGCGAUCUGUUUCGGGGACAGGAAGGGGCGCAGCUGCGUCCAGUUACCUGUAUGCGGCUGCGUCUUCUGUCACUCUUGCCUCCAUGGGUUCUGGGCGCUGGCUAUUCAAGAGGGCACGUUAACCAACGUCGCCUGCCCCAGUGUCGACUGCGUCAAGGCUCGAGCCGCUCGGCCCGUCGAACAUGCUGCCGCAGUGUUUGAUGACAACAGGAGUGAUGGAAUCACUGCCGCUGUGGUUGAGUCGGUUGUCGGCUCCGAGCUGGUGAAGCGAUGGCACACUCUGAGUGCCAAGCGCUUAAUCGAGACAGACCCUCUGUACACCUUCUGCCCUCACGAGAAGUGUCAAGCUCCAGUUCCACCUCCUUCGGAUACAGCGACACACGAUCUGGCGCAGUCGGCACAGGGCGCGCACAAGGUCAUUCGGCUCGACAUUGGCAAAUGUGAUGUUCCCUCCUCCAAGUCGUCACAUGACGACGCUAUCUCUGUUGCCUCUCGGUGGGACAACUUCCGCCAGUGCCCACGAUGCGAGAUGGUGUUCUGCAUCAUGUGCCGCUCUACCUGGCAUGGUGUCACCACUGGCUGCAGCAUCAAGGAUGCUGAGCAGGCUGUCCGCGAGUACCUGGACGCCGACGAGGAGGGACGUGAGGCCAUCCGCCAGCGCCUAGGACCUCGAAAUACCGACGCACUCAUGGCGCUUGUCCGCGAUCAUGAAUUACAUCAACUUCUGCAAGAGUGGGCAAAAGCCAACGCGACGGCCUGCCCGGGCUGCAAGUCCAUCAUCGAGAAGAGCGAGGGCUGCAACCAUAUGACGUGCCACCAGUGCCGGACCCACUUCUGCUACCGAUGCGGCGUGGCGAUCUCUGCGACCCACCCUUAUGACCACUUCAACCAGCGACACACACCGUGUUACAACAAGCUGUUCGACGUGGUCUUUGAAGACUUUUGGGUGCCCUUCGAAGGGGAGGUCGAGUAGGCAUCGACAUCACUUAUCACUGUUUCCUUCUAGCGCUGGAUCCAGCCAUCUGUCUCGCCACCCUGUACAAUCACCCUGCAUGUAAGGUGUUACCAAUGU